GUCAAUCCAAAUGAAAUUCGAAUUCAGAGCUAAAACCUCGUCGUAAAGUCAAACUUUUGACCGAUGCCCACGAGGAUGACCAAAUGCGCCAGCCUUUCCGCCGAGCCUCCGUAUACUUAAACCUGCUGCUUAUAACCGAGGCUGUGAUCGGACUGCUGAUCCUGUUGGUGACCGCCUACUACCACACUCUGUUCGCUGGAUAUUUGUCGGAGAUCGAGUGCCGCCUGGUCUACGGUUAUCUGUUUGGAAUCUACGUUUUUGGUGCCCAGCUGGUGGUUAUCUUCCUCUGCAGCUUAGCCAUGUGGCGUCGAGUUUGGAGACGACGUUGCACGCCCAACAUUCGGCUUCUGCUAUCCAUUUGGGCCUUCUACUCCUGCGUAAUCAUAGCCUCUGGUUUUGGGUGUGUUUGGAACCUUUAUCAUAGCAUCGAUGUGCUGGAGAAUGCGGCAGAUACCUCGUUGACAAGGGGCAUCGAUAUGUACUACACCUGCCCCGAGUGGAAACUCCUAUGGGAUGGCCUGCAGUGGCACAAGGAGUGUUGCGGAGUGCAUGGCUACAAGGAUUGGAUGAGCGCGGAGUGGAUGCCGAAGGUGGAAGGCAAUUGCUCAUCAAUGAUCCUGGCACCUUACGCCUGCUGCAAGCGAUCCUGCGAGAGCUGCUUCAACAACAUGUUGCCCGGCGACGGGCAGUCUAUCCGUGGUAGCAACCAGCAACCUUUUCCCGCCCUCACAGUCGACUCCAUCAAUGCGAAUGGGUGUCUGCCAGUGUUCGUAGAUGCGGUGUGGAACUUCUUCUAUAUCCUGUUAGCGUUAUGGGUCCUAUCGCUAAAGUUUCUGAUCGUACUCUGUUGUAUGACCAAGUUUAUACUUCACCGGCAGAAUGAGGGAGAUGGCUGUGAUAAUGUGGGACUGACAGACGAAGAUGGGCAUCCGUUGGUCGUUGUGAAAUAUCCAAGCAAUGUUCGUUGUGUAACAAUUGGCGAGGACGAUCUGGUUUCGGACAACAUUCCCGAUGCCAACUACUGCAACUGCAAUGAACUGGAUGAAGAGCAGUGUGAUUACUAA